AUGAAACUCCUCUCGCCGGAUCCGCUUCGACGCCUUGGAGCAAAUGGGACAGGAGAAGUUAAGUCACACCCUUUCUUCAAUGGGAUGGAUUGGCCCAAGCUCAUGAGGAAGGAAUACAUCCCGAUAUUUCGGCCGCCUCUGCAUAAAAAGCAGGAUCAGGCUUGGGCAUCAUCUUCACCAACCCCAGAACUAAGUCAGGAAGUCAAGGCUCAGUUCACUGGGUGGAGCUAUAAUCGACGACCUGGGCAGGAAAAGCAGGACCCCUAG